GUUUUCAAGCCCAGGCAUAACAGAGGUCAGACAGCUGCACCAAACUCCUCGCUCGCAAAAACUUGUUGCCUUUCUCAGUCUCUUGCGCACAGACUCAGUUGCUUUCUCUCUCUAGCUCACUCAAAUGGCUGUUUCUCUCUGACCCAUCUGAGAUUAUCCCCUAAAAUCUUUUCUAAACCCCCCAAAAUACCAUCUUCGUAAUCGUCCCAGAGAGUAAAAAAAAAAAAAAAGCAACUGAAUUCUCAACCCAAACCACUGUCUCUGAUCACUAUAUCCUUUUGAUCCUUCAAGUUUGAGUGAAUUUACGGUAAUGUCCAACUCUGGCGGGUUCGCCUUGACCAGGACACACGGCUCGGACCGGUUCUACAACCCGCCGCCAGUUCGGAGGCAACAGCAGUUGUUACUGCAGCAGCAGAGGCAGCUCCGGAGGGCGGUGAAGUCGGAGAACCGGGUCGAAUCGGGUGAGUCCGAGACGCGGACCGAUUCGGAUGAGUCGACAUUGUCGAGGCCCAACUCGGCCUGCUCGUCCUCUCCCCCGAGACAAGCCGAUUUGACCAACUUGGAUCGGGUUAUGGAAUCGGUCACUCCCUUUGUCCCAGCUCAGUUCUUCUCCGAGACAAGAGGGAAGGGAUGGAGAACUCAUGAAGCUGAUAUACAUCCAUCUUUUAGUCUUGGUGACCUUUGGGAGUCUUUCAGAGAGUGGAGUGUGUAUGGAGUUGGGGUGCCUCUGUUAUUGAAUGGCAACGACUCCGUUAAACAGUACUAUGUCCCAUAUUUGUCAGGAAUACAAUUGUACACAGACCCACAUAGGCUGAGGAAGCCUGGUGAGGACAGUGAUGCCGAGUCUUCAAGGGAGACAAGUAGUGCUGGCAGCAGUGAUUGUGAAGCAGAAAGGCGAGCCAAAAGUGUUGUUGAUGGAAUGCGGGGUCCACACAACCCUAUGACCUUAAAUUCCCAAAGAAUGAGCAGACUUACAUUGAGAGAUAAACCUCCUCUUAAUUCAUCCAGUGAUGAAGCUGAGGUUUGCAGCUCACCUGGGCCGCUUGUAUUUGAAUAUUUUGAACAAGAGCAACCACAUCAUCGCCCACCUUUGUAUGACAAGGUUUCAAAUCUUGCAUCUCAAUUUCCAGAGCUGAGGUUGUACAAGAGCUGUGAUCUUUUGCCUGCAAGUUGGCUUUCUGUGGCUUGGUAUCCGAUAUAUAGAAUACCUGUAGGCCCAACAUUACAAAGUCUGGAUGCAUCUUUUCUUACGUUCCAUUCCUUAUCGACAAACUCCAGGAUCAAAAAUCAACCACAGUUUCAUGCUUCAAGUGGCAGGAUGGUCUAUGGAGUUGAUGCAUCUUCAAAGAUUUCUUUGCCUGUUUUCGGCCUCGCAUCCUAUAAGUUAAGAGGUUCCAUUUUGACCCCCAGUGGAGCCUAUGAAUGUCAGCAAGCAAACUCUCUAUUGCAGGCUGCUGACAAUUGGCUCCGGCGUUUGCAGCUUUGCAGUCUGCUCCUAUACUUAUUAUUCCUCCACAGAAUGUAAGUCCGAAGGGUGUUGGAUUGGCCACUUGCCAGAAUGUAAGCAGAACCUCCAAUUUUAGUGUGGCAGACAACUUUAACUUUGCCCCUGGCAUAGGAGCCGGAGGGUGGUGAGAGGGGUAAACGACCCCUCGCCCGCCAAAAAGUUCUUGUAGUCUAGGUAAAAUUGCACUCUGCCCAAUGGGUAAUUCAAUCGGUUGAAGAUAGAGAUGGAGCCAGAGAUUCUAAUGAGGGCCCAAAAAAAUUAUAUAUGACAUUGAUUUAUAAAAUCAAUUUUUAAACUGAAAAAAUGAUACAAACAUAGCAAUAUUUGAAAUAAAGUCCAGAUUUUUAUAAUGGGAGAUGGCAUAUUCAUUAUUCAUGUUGCUUAAAAAAUUAAAAACAAAUUUGUGGUUUUCAGACAUAUGGUGACUGAUGUGAAAGCUGGACGUGAAUCUUGAGCGUUUGGGGUGGGUUUCCUUGUAAAUUUUACUGGUUCAUCUGGUUCAACAUCAAGAAACUUGAGUUCCAACUCCAGCUCUUGCAGAAACUUGGGUUCAUCAAAAAAGGUGAGAAGAUCAAGAAACUGGUUUGGCUUUUCUUUUGGUGAGAAGAUUGGAAAACGUGAGCUUGCAGGCAAACAUGUUCGUCCAUCUCCUCCAUUUUUCAGAUGCUCAAAGAAUUUGGUUGCAGAUUGGUUUGCACUUUGCAGCGUGAGUCCGGACUCAUCUCUUUAAUUCAAAAAAAUUUUCUAAUGGGUAGGGGCCAAAUAAGUUUACAAUCAAAUUACACCUUGUAAAAAAAAUACUUAUGGAUUUGGGGGGCCUUGGCCUAUACCGGCUACCCUCCAACUCCGUCCCUAAUUGGAGACCAAGCCUCAAAAGCAUAAAUCACUAGAUCAAAUUUCUCUUCUCUCUUUUUCUCUCCUUGUGUGGACAUGUCAA